AUGAUCAGACAGGCAUCGUCAUUCGUACAUAACGAGAAGUUUCCUGAGAUGGACGAGUUGGGAUUGAAUCCUCCUGUCGAUCCGCCGCCAGCAAGCCCCGAGAUUGAUGCAUUGUUCGAAUUGUAUAGGGCAGUUGCUCGAGGAGAUGAUGACAUUGUUCGGUCCAUGGUGUCAGAGGGACGGCCUCUGAGUAAAUUGAAUUCCCUCAAAGCCUCACCGGUCCUCCUCUCGGUGUGGAAUAACGAUCCUCGGAUGUUAUCGAUGCUUUUGGAGUCCGGCGCUGACGGCAGUAGCAUCGAUAGAAAAAGUGGUUUCGCUCCGCUGCAUCAUGCUGCUAUGUGUGAGGGAGCAGCGGAGUGCAUAAAGGUCUCUCUUCUGGUGUAUUGUGGCGCAUCUGUGAAAGCGGCUGAUCCUGGCGGAGUUACUCCAGUGGAGGCGGCAGAUGAUCGGGAUGAUAUGAUCGAGGCUUUGAUCGGCCGGAGUUCAUUGCAGAGAAGAUUGCUCGACAGAUCGUUGUCGGCGCCCUUGGGUGGAGACUUGUAUCGAUUCGAAGCUCCAUCGGCUCCAGUGCCUCAACGGAUCUCCUUCGAUGGUGUUCUUGUUGAUGUCAAGGGCUCAGAGUUGAGUUUGCUCUCUUUCGAGAUGAACGGGGAUCCUCUCAGUGUUGUAGCAGCAGCUGGAAUGACGGCCAGCUUCUACCACGUGAUGGUUCAUGGCAUGGCAGAGGACACUGGCAUCAAGGUGCCAACUUGGUUCGAUGAGGAUGGGGAAGCUGGCAGUCCUGAGAUUGGCAGUGCCAAUUUGGCACGCUGCUAG